AGUCUUGGCUCAAGGUCCUGUGGCGUGUGUAGCCACGCAAGCAGCCGUGAGUAGCCACUGCGGCCGACAUGGCUUUGCAAGGAUCCCAAUGGCAGGCCUUUGCCUCUCGAUCUAGGUGUCCUCAGCUUUGCGUGGCCGUGAUGAUGGUCAUCGCGCUUUGCUUUUUCGGUGAGUCCCGGUCCUUCGUGUCGGGAAAGCCGGUCACUUUGAGAGGCGGAACCGUCCGAGGCAGCACGUCCUCCGUGCCAUCCCCACCGGCACGUGCUCACAUGGCAUCAGCCGCCUCGUCCAGCUCAAUGUCCUCUGUAGCAGCGCUGGCGCUUGUGGGCAGCUUGGCCCUGCUGAAGCCCAGGACGCGUGGAUCUGGUGAGACACCGAAGGUGGUGAUGCAAGCCAGGAAUGACUACCCCACCACACCAACGGGCGACUCCCGCACCUCCCGACGCAUGCGCGCGGGUCGCAUGAGGUCCAUCUUGGAUGGCCGUCAGAUCGCCGUGCGGGUGAACCGGAAGACCAACAAGUCCAUCAAGUUCCGCAUGCACGUGAUGCCGGGAGACAUUGUGCAGAUCAUGAAGGGCAAGGACAAGGGCAAGGUGACCGAAGUGCUCCGCAUCUACCCCAAGUGGAACCGGAUCCUUUGCUUGGGAGUGAACUACUGCAUCAAGCACGUGAGGCCACAGCGCGAAGAUGAGGUCGGACAGCGUGUGCAGGUUGAGGCUCCCAUGCACUCCUCCUGCGUCAUGCACUAUGACCCCGAAGAGCAGAUCGCCGGCCCUCUGGGGAUCCGCUUCGAGAAGAGAGUCAAGAAGUCUGGUGGCAAGGAGUAUGUGAAGAAGGUACGCUUCAAUAAGGCCACCGGCAAUGAUAUCCCCAAGAGGGAUGCCAAGAAGUGGGUGCCUGUGCUGGAUCGUGAUGAGGAUGAGGAUGAGUGAGCGGCUUUCAAGGGCAGAAGAUUCGACCAAAGCUGCGGACGGUGCUCUUCGGACGGUGGGUCCGGUGAUGUUUGCUUUGGUGUGCCUC